CCACACCUGACUCCCUAAAUAAAUCCUAAACAUUGAUUCCUUCACUGUAAUUCAUUCUCUCGCUUUCUCUCACUCUCGCAGUCUUUCUAAUCCGAAUCCCACACAUUUUUUUUUUUCCACACAGAACAAACACACACAGUGUGAAGCCCUAAAUUCAUCCAUGGCUGGGCUUCAAGCCAACGAAUUUGACUCUCUGUGUUCUCAAUUCAUCAAGGAAAGAAACCGCCAACCUACGGAGGUUGAAGAAGCAGCACUUGCUCUCUUGAUGCUAUCUCAGGAGAAUAGGAGUUGGCACACUGGUCCGUCCACCAGUGCCGCCACCGUUGAAAUCGUAGAAGAAGUAAAUCCCGCCGCCACCGCAGUCACUACCACUAGUGAAAGAACUGCCGCUUUAGCCUCUGCUGACGAUGAGAAGAAAUCAAGGGAACCCUUUUCUCCUGCUAUUGUCGCUUCUCCGCUGGACCAGAAUAUAUCGUACACUUGUGGCGUGUGUGGAAAGUCUUUUUCAUCGUACCAAGCACUCGGCGGCCACAAAACCAGCCACCGUGAUCGGUCUCAAUUCGCCACCACUACUGCAAUCACCAGCACCUCUAAUAUGAUCACUUAUCGCAACCCAAGCGGGAGGAUUCACAAAUGCAACGUCUGUUACAUGACUUUUACAACUGGCCAAGCUUUGGGUGGCCACAUGCGGAGGCACUAUGAAGGCGUCAUAAAGGGCGGCAAGAAAACCGUUGCGAUCACAUCCAAGGGCGGCGCCUCCAGCCAAUGCAACUGCAAUGGGUACACCAGUACAGUCGACUUCAACUUAAACCUGCUGGCUGCGUUACCGGAGACUUAUUCAGAUUUUACGCUUUACUCUGGCGAGAGAAUCCAGGUUCUUAUUGAUCAAAAGAAAGUAGAAAGUCAUAUUCCUUUCAAGAAACAGCGUUUGGAUUAAUGGACUCUACUAUAGAAAAUUGAUCCAGAAAUUUUAUGU